CUUUUUGCAGUUUGGGGUAGCGAGGGUCUUGUUGCUAUUUCUGAAGGGUUUUUUGCCUGAAUCUCGAUGGUUUGGAUUUUUCUGGGCUGAAUCUUGGUGUUUUGGAGGUUUUUAUGGUCACAGGAUGCCCGGUGAGUUCUAGAGAUGGACUUGGGCAGGAGGAACCCCCAAGCCAACAUGCUCAGCCCUUGUUUUCCCCCCAUCAGGAUUUGUCCUUCCCAAAGCUUGGGCGGAUGGAGGAGGAGGCUGCGAGGAAGAGGAAGAUGCCUUGGUCCCCCCAGGCAGGCCCCGAGGUGAGGACGGAGAGCCCGGAGGACAAAUCCCCCCGUGAGACCCUGGUGGGAGAGGCCGUUUUGAAGGGCUCCCCGGUGCAGGAAGGCAGCGGGGAGGAAAAGGGCCGGAGAUCCCCCCGCAGGAGGGGCUCCAAAGCCAUCCCAGGGUGCUCUGAGGAGGAAAGAGCCAGCCUGUGCCGGGAAGGCGGCCGGAGCUUGAGGGGGAGCUCUGAGCUGGUGAUCCCUGAGCAGCCUUCCAGCAGGGAGAAACCCUUCAGGUGUUUGGAAUGUGGGAAGAGCUUUAGGAGGAGCACCAACCUCCUCACCCACCAGCACAUCCACACUGGAGAACAUCCGUACACGUGUGGUCAAUGUGGAAAGAGCUUCAGGAGCAACACCACUCUGAUCCAGCACCAGAUUAUCCACAGUGCGGAAAGGCCUUACAGAUGUGGGGAGUGUGGGAAGAGCUUCAGGCAGAGCUCCAGCCUCUGCAUCCACCAGCGCAUCCACACUGGGGAACGGCCCUACAUGUGUGGGGAAUGUGGGAAGAGCUUCACUGACAGCUCCAACCUGAUCCGACACCAGCGUAUCCACACCAUGGAACGGCCCCACACGUGUGGGGAAUGUGGGAAGAGCUUCAUGCGAAAAUACCACCUCUUCACCCACCAGCGCUUGCACACUGGGGAACAGCCCCACACGUGUGGGGAGUGUGGGAAGAGCUUCAAUGACAGCUCUGGCCUCCAUGUGCACCGUCGCAUUCACACCGGGGAACGGCCCUACAAGUGUGUUGAGUGUGGGGAAAGCUUCAGGACCAGCUCCAGCCUCCGCUCUCACCAGCUCAUCCACAGCGGGGAACGGCCCUACAAGUGCUUGGAAUGUGGGAAGGGGUUUCAGACCAGCUCAGAUCUCUUGAAGCACAAGCCGACACACACAGGGGAGUGGGCCUUCCACUGCACCUACUGCGGGAAGGGCUUCAACCGGAACUCCACCCUUGUCAUACACCGGCGCAUCCACACUGGAGAGAGGCCCUACAAGUGUGGGGAGUGUGGGAAGAGGUUUAAACGCAGCUCACAUCUCAUCCAGCACCAGCGGACACACACGGAUGAGAGGCCCUUUCGCUGCACCGACUGUGGGAAGGGCUUCAACCAGAGUGGUAACCUCGUCACCCACCGGCGCAUCCACACAGGGGAGAGGCCCUACAAGUGUGGGGAGUGUGGGAAGAGCUUCACCGACAGCUCUGGCUUGACCUCACACCAACGGACCCACCAGUAAGGGAAGCCCUACCAGUGCCCCGACUGCAGGAAGAGCGUCGGCCUCUG